UUAAUUGCUGCCAUUAAGUUGAAGAUACAGCAAAUUUGAUUGUGUUUAAUUAUUUGAUGACGUGGCAAUUUCUGAUUGGAGGGACAGCCAAUAGGAAGGCAUUUUGAGACAGCAGAUCUCGCCUCCAGUCACACGCCUCCCCCCCCCCCCCCCACACACAAAACAAAGAAGAGUUUUCUGCCGACUGUUGGUUGCAAAAUUCGCAAGCAAGAAAACGAAAGUAGCCUCCAAUUUCAUUCCGAGCAUCAAUGGCACUCAAUCUCCGGCAAAGACAAACCGAGUGCAUAACUCGGAUGUUGAAUUUGAACCAACCGGUGAAUUCGAGUGGGACGGCCAACGAAGAAGUGUACAAGAUCUUGAUCUACGACAGGUUCUGUCAAGAUAUUCUGUCUCCUCUGAUCCAUGUCAAGGACCUUCGCAAGCACGGCGUAACCCUAUACUUCCUGGUUGACAAGGACCGCAAGCCUGUCCACGACGUCCCGGCAGUGUAUUUUGUCCAGCCGACCCAAAUCAACGUCCAGCGUAUCGUCGCCGACGCCUCCAGAUCCCUCUACGACUCCUUCCACCUUAAUUUCUCGUCCUCGAUCCCUCGGCCGCUGCUCGAAGAUCUCGCUUCGGGGACUCUCAAUUCCGACUCCACUCAGCGGAUUUCCAAGGUACACGAUCAGUACUUGGAGUUUGUAACCCUAGAGGAUAACUUGUUUUCACUGUCCAAUAAACCUUGUUAUGUUCAAUUAAAUGAUCCAUCGGCCGGAGACCGUGAAAUUGAGGACAUUGUUGAGAAAAUUGUCAGUGGGUUGUUCUGUGUGCUGGCCACACUUGCUGUGGUUCCUAUUAUCAGGUGCCCUCGGGGUGGGCCUGCAGAAAUGGUUGCUUCAUUGCUGGAUCAGCGAUUGCGUGACCAUUUACUGGCGAAGAAUAAUUUGUUUUCAGAAGGUGGGAAUUUUGCAAGUUCUUUUCAGAGGCCCAUUCUAUGUAUAUUUGAUAGGAAUUUUGAAUUGUCAGUUGCAAUACAGCACGAUUUUAGGUAUAGGCCGCUUGUUCAUGAUGUGCUAGGUUUGAAGCUGAAUAGAUUGAGUGUGCAAGGAGAGAAGGGUGGGAUGAAAUCUUAUGAACUGGAUAGGUCAGAUCCGUUUUGGGUGGCAAAUGGAUACUUGGAAUUUCCUGAAGUAGCUGUGGAGAUUGAGACUCAAUUGAACAAAUAUAAGAAGGAUGUCGAUGAGGUCAACAGGAGAACUGGCGGAAAUGAGGGGGCUGAGUUUGAUGGGACAGACUUGAUUGGCAACACCAAGCAUUUGAUGAAUGCUGUUAAUUCUCUGCCUGAGUUGACUGAGCGGAAGCAGGUGAUUGAUAAGCAUACUAACAUUGCCACUGUUUUGUUGGGUGAGAUCAAGGAGAGGUCACUUGAUUCUUUUGCCAAGAAGGAGAGUGACAUGAUGGUUAGAGGUGGCAUCGAUAGGAAUGAGCUUCUCAGUGUGCUAAAGGGUAAAGGAACGAAGUUAGAUAAGCUGCGGUUUGCAAUCAUGUAUCUUAUUUCUUCUGAAAGCAUUCCUCAAUCCGAAGUGGAAAUGGUUGAAUCAGCUCUGAGGGAGUCUGAAGUUGAUACCAGCGCAUUUCAGUAUGUUAAAAAGAUCAAGUCACUGAAUGUUUCAUUGGCUUCUGCAAAUUCAGCUAGUAGGAGUAACAUCGUGGAUUGGGCUGAGAAGCUCUAUGGGCAGUCAAUUAGUGCUGUCACUGCUGGUAUGAAGAAUCUAUUAUCUAGUGAUCAUCAAUUGGCACUGACAAGGACAGUUGAAGUCUUGAUGGAAGGUAAACCAAAUCCUGAAAUUGAUUCUUAUCUCAUAUUUGAUCCUCGUGCUCCAAAGUCAAGCUCUGGCACAAGUAGUAGCCAUCUGAAAGGACCAUUUAAAGAAGCUAUUGUUUUUAUGAUUGGUGGUGGCAAUUAUGUGGAGUAUGGGAGCUUGCAGGAGCUUGCCCACCAUCAGCAGCCAGCCAAACAUGUAAUAUAUGGAACAACAGAAAUUCUGACUGGCAGUGAGUUUGUUGAGCAGCUUGCACUUCUGGGAAAGAAGAUGGGAUUAGGCAGCAGUGGUGCUCCAUCAGCCCAUUAAGAUGACAUGUUAUAUUUUAGUUCAAAACAUACUGUUUUUUGGUCAGUACGUGCAAAAAGAAUGUGCUCUGUAACACAUCAUGCAAUGCGGUCAUUGUACACUUGAAGCUGUUGAAAUGGAAGCAAUGGAGAGGAACUAUCGCCAUAUAAUUCCUCAUGACUUCAAGCGCAAAUGAUGGUACUUAGUAAUGACGAAUACUGAUCUUUAAGGGAAGUGGUAGAUUUCUACGCUUAUGGUUUCCAUCUUUUUUGCUGUUUUUUGGCAUUCAUAGAAUGAUUCUUAAUAUUUCCCCCAUCUCAUACAUAAGAUUUUGUGGAAUGUCUA